CGUUGAAUGUCAUCGGCACAUGACGGGUUCUAAGAAAAUUUUCAUACCUUUUAUCACUGUACAUUGUGCAUAACAGUGAUAGGUUGUGUAAUAAAUAUAAUGAAUUGAGAGUAUUUAUCGUUAGUAUUUUGAACGAAUGUUUCAUAUUUAUUACACACCUGAGCAAGAAAUAAUUGAGAUAGGAAAUGGCAUACCGUUUGCUAACGACAGCUCGCAAGUUGGAGUCAACUAUUGCAGGUUUAAAUCGACAAUACCGGACCGUCAAUACAAAUGAUUAUGACCAGAUUAUUAGAAGCCUGAACAAACUGCACACCAACAAAAAUCAGAUCUGGAACGAGCUUCUGCACAGAAUACAAUUGUUUUGCGAAAAGCCUCCAAAAGGAUUUGAAAAAUAUUUCAAACCCGGAUCCGGUAAAAAAGUUGCUAGCAGCGAAGGCUCUACAAAACCGACCAAAGAUGCUGUAGAGUCUUCGACAGAUCAUGGAUCAUCGGCGAACAUAAAAGGUAGCCAGCAACCGCCCAAAAACGACUGGAACUUGGGAAUGUUCGGUCCACAGACUUCGAAAGGCAAAGGUGUAAGUAGCGGGGGUGGUGGCGCCGGUAGACCAAUUGGUGGUGAUGGAGGCGAUAAAGAAAAAAUGCUGGUAUUCGGUGCUUUGGCCGGUGUCGCACUGAUUUCAGUUAUAGCGUAUUUUGAAAUGGGCUACAAAGAAAUAGCGUGGAAGGAGUUUGUCAACAACUAUCUUGCACGAGGCAUUGUGGAAAAACUGGAAGUUGUUAACAAAAAAUGGGUUCGUGUGCGAUUAACGCCAGGCAAUGCUUCUGAUUCAACGGGUACUCUUUGGUUCAACAUUGGCAGUGUGGAUUCUUUCGAGCGCAAUCUGGAGAACGCCCAGACGGAUAUGAACAUUGAACCGGUUAAUUUUGUUCCAGUGAUCUACCGUAGUGAGAUUGAGGCUUCGAGCUUAACUGGAAUACUGCCGACGUUGCUCAUUAUCGGUUUCUUGGUGUACAUGAUGCGGCGCUCGUCUGAAAUGAUGGGCGGUCGCAAAGGCAUGAAGGGAGGUGGCCUGUUUGGUGGUGUUAUGCAAUCAACUGCAAAACUUAUUAAUGCAAACGAAAUUGCUGUUGGUUUCAAAGAUGUUGCCGGAUGCGAAGAGGCUAAGAUAGAAAUUAUGGAGUUCGUCAACUUUCUUAAAAAUCCCCAACAAUACAUCGAUCUUGGCGCGAAAAUCCCGAAGGGUGCAAUGCUGACAGGCCCUCCCGGCACAGGCAAAACACUACUUGCCAAGGCAACGGCUGGUGAAGCGAAUGUCCCGUUCAUAACUGUGUCCGGCUCAGAGUUUCUGGAAAUGUUUGUCGGUGUGGGUCCUUCCCGUGUCCGUGACAUGUUUGCGAUGGCUCGAAAGCAUGCACCCUGUAUCUUGUUCAUUGACGAAAUAGAUGCGGUCGGUCGAAAACGUGGUGGAAAAAGUUUUGGCGGGCAUUCCGAGCAGGAAAAUACACUUAACCAGCUGCUAGUCGAAAUGGAUGGAUUUAAUACGACUACGAAUGUCGUGGUUUUGGCAGCCACGAACAGAGUGGAUAUUCUAGAUAAAGCACUUCUUCGACCAGGUCGCUUCGAUAGGCAAAUUUUCGUUCCAGCUCCCGAUAUCAAGGGGCGGGCUAGUAUUUUCAAAGUGCAUUUGGGUCCACUAAAGACCAAUCUUGAUAAGAUGGACUUAUCGAGGAAAAUGGCUGCAUUGACUCCUGGUUUCACCGGUGCCGAUAUUGCAAAUGUUUGCAAUGAAGCAGCUUUGAUAGCCGCUCGUGAUUUGAAUGAAACUAUUAUUUUGAAACACUUUGAACAGGCAAUCGAGCGUGUUAUUGCCGGUAUGGAGAAAAAAACCAACGUUCUGGCACCGGAUGAGAAACGAACAGUCGCUUACCAUGAAGCUGGUCAUGCCGUUUCCGGAUGGUUCCUUGAACAUUCGGAUCCGUUGUUGAAGGUAUCAAUAAUUCCUCGAGGCAAAGGUCUUGGUUAUGCCCAAUAUUUGCCAAAGGAUCAGUACCUUUUAUCGACAGAACAGCUUUUCGAUCGAAUGUGCAUGACACUGGGCGGACGUGUUUCGGAAGAACUUUUCUUCGGUAGAAUUACAACUGGAGCUCAAGAUGACUUAAAAAAGAUAACCGAUAGCGCAUAUGCUCAGAUCACUCGCUUCGGCAUGAACAAAAAAGUAGGUCAGGUUAGCUUCGAUAGUUCGCAGCCGGGCGAUCCUAUGUUUUCUAAGCCGUACUCGGAACAAACGGCUCAACUCAUCGACGAGGAGGUACGACUGCUUAUCGACAAGGCGUACGUGAGAACGAAAGAACUACUGCAAGAGCACAAAACCGACGUGGAAAAGGUUGCCGAGCGGCUACUGAAGAACGAGAUAUUGAGUAGAGACGAUAUGAUUGAACUGCUUGGAAAGAGGCCAUUCCCGGAGAAAUCUACGUACGAAGAAUUCGUGGAAGGUACUGGAUCCUUCGAGGAAGACACAACACUACCCGAGGGUUUGGCCAGCUGGAAUAAAGAAAAAGCAUCAGCUGCCGGGACGCAAGACGACAGCAGCAGUAAAUCACCAGAAUCAACAAAAUCCCAGUAACACAUUUUUGAUGUGCAGUUUUGUGUGGAACGAAGAAAAGUUUAGAUUAAUGACAUGAAAGAAUACACACUGUUAUGAAAAUA